AUGACGGGUUCGUUGUGGUUACCUACUGGGCUGGACAUGGACUUCCUGUGGGUCAAGGAUAAGCAGCGCAUGACUGCUGCGUUCGCUGCAACUGGUGACUACCUUCCACAAGCUUCCAAAACCAACGCCGCUCCGACUCUCAGUUCAUGCGACGUUCGCCUUGGUGACACGAGACGGAUCUGCGUUGACCCUCACUGA